CAGGAAGUCGCGUUCAAGUUGGCGCAUGCGCAAAGCGGCUCCAUCAACCAUAGCCGUUUUCGGAGAGAGCGAUUUGUUUUGUUCUGUAAAAAUUUAAAGUAUUUCUAUAUUCAUGUCAGAGCCACAGUCCGCACUUUUAUUACGGAAACAACUCGCAGAGCUAAACAAGAACCCUGUAGAAGGGUUUUCGGCUGGCUUGAUAGAUGACAAUGACAUAUACAGAUGGGAGGUACUCAUCAUUGGUCCACCCGACACACUAUACGAGGGAGGGUUUUUCAAAGCCCACCUUCACUUCCCUAAAGAGUACCCAUUGCGACCACCUAGAAUGAAAUUUAUGACAGAAAUAUGGCACCCUAAUAUUGAGAAAAAUGGAGAUGUGUGUAUUUCUAUUCUACAUGAACCUGGUGAUGAUAAGUGGGGUUAUGAAAAAGCAUCAGAGAGAUGGCUUCCAGUGCACACAGUUGAAACUAUCCUUAUCAGUGUCAUCUCUAUGUUGGCGGAUCCCAAUGAUGAAAGCCCCGCUAAUGUAGAUGCAGCGAAAGAGUGGAGGGAAAACUAUGCUGAAUUUAAAAGGAAAGUUGCAAGAAAUGUCAGGAGAAGUCAAGAAGAGUGUAUGUAAGAAGGGCUGUGGUUUGGAAAAAAUAUUUAAUGCCAGGAGGGAGCUGCUUCCGGCCAGAUCUCAGGGGAAAUGCUCAUAUGCUGCAAUGCCAGGCCCAUCUUUUGUCUAGAGCCCCGGUUUUCCGUUUUGUAAUUUAUUUUGUCAACCAAAUGGUCUGAAUUGCAUCGGCAUGUGCCUGUACUACUUUAUAUUCAGAAGUUACUUUCUUCAAAAUUGUUUCAACCUGUAUUGUAACCUUAUGUGGCUGGGGUAUGGCAGUGUUUGAGAUGUCCAAUCAUGAGGAGCCGGAACCCAUGUGAUUCUUUCAAGUCCUGAUGGGUGUUUGGAAGUUAGUUGAACUUACUACUCAUCCCAAGUGCCUAAUCUGACAUCUAUUCCAAAUUAAUUUUGCGGGUAUUUAAUAAAUCUGAUACAUUUUAAUCUUGGGUAUUUAAGCUUAAAUUUAGUCAUCUGUUCACCAAAUGCACUGUCACAACAAGACUAAGCAAGACUAAAUUGCUCUUGUUGCAUUUUUGAUAUUCAUUCUCAUCUGAGAAUUGAAAGUGGGUAUCUGUCAGAGCAUUUUUUUAAAACUGUUUUUUUAUGUGUUUCUACAAUUCCUUCAAUAAAGUUUGUUUCUUUCCUUUUUUUCAAUGGUGCGGCUACUCUUUUUCUUUUGGUUGUACUUCAAUUUCCAUAGUUCACCAUUUUGAUUUGGACUAUCAAUAUACCAGUUUUGAACUCGCAGUUUGCUAUUUUUCCAAUUAGCAGCUGUUUCAAUGGAACAAUCUUUGUAGGUCUGUGUGAUGACUGAUGUAUCAGUAUGGCAAAUACAGUGAGCACUCACUGUAAACCUGUAGGAAAUAACACCAAUUUUCUGUACAAAAAAUGUAUAUAAUAGGAACGCUUACGAGAGGUAGCUAACAAUUGAAGUAAGCUGAAGGGGAUCCAGUCAUUGCAAUUUUGAUAUGUGACAGCAAAACACACAAGUGCAUGCUGUAGUUUGAUGGGAAAACUUAAACUGUGGUCACUUGGACUUCCUGGUGUUAUCAUCAUCAGAAGAAUCAAAGACUGUCUGGGGAGCCUAAUUUAGUGCAUGUGUGAUGUCCUUUUUACUAUGCAUGUAAAUAAUUCACACUGUGAGGCUUCCUGGAAAAUUAUGUGUGUCCAGUACAGACUUCAUUAUUCCUUUAUGUUGUAUUGGCAUGUGUUCUAGAAGGUCUGAAUAAAUGACACAAUUUGCUAGUG